UCUCUCUCUCUCUCUCUCUCUCUCUCCCUCUCUCUCUCGUUCUCUCUUCUACUUUUUUCUUUUUUUAUCAAACAUAUUGCUAAUUAUUUAUUAAAACAAAAUAUGUUCUCCGAUCAUUUUUUUAUCGCGAUCGUCCUUCGUCUCUUCACAACUGCCGUCGUUUCAAAUAAAUCAGUCUAAGCAGUGUCGGCAUGUAAAAAGCGAGUCUACUUGUUCUUCGAAUCAUUUAAUAUAAAAGAAAAGAACGACGCGUAGAACCGAGGAAAUUAUUUUGCGAAAAAGAAACCAGUUCGGGGUCGUCGCAAAAUGUAUAUCGACGCGUUCCGUGUUCGAAUAAUUUCACGCUGCCUUUCCCUAUAAGAGUAAACAAAAAAAAAUAAACGAAAAAAACUAAGAAGAGCGAUAUAUAUACAUACCAUUGGAGAGGAAUCCCUCGCAAAAUCCUUAGACCGCAAUUCAUACACUUCAAUCGCAAAGUCGAAUCUUCACAUAUAAUCCAUCUAAAAAAAGAAAAAUACCAAAAAAAAGGAAAAAACAAAAAAAGGAAACAGAAGCAACAGGCACACAAAAUUAUAUAUAUGCGUCUUUGGCAACGAUCGCACUUAUAAAAACAAAGAUUAAAAAAAGGAAAAUGAGAAAAAAACCAAAAAGAAAAAAGCAAAAUGUAAUAUUACCCGAUAGAUCGUCGUCGAUCGAGAGCUGCUAAUUAUUCAUUAAUGGAAGAAAAAAGAUAUUUAAAUGACAAAAAGAGAAAUAAGAAUAUAUCUCAGUCUGCAUAUCUCCAAAAGUACUUUAACUCGAUUUGCCGCAUGAUUUGUAAAGGUCGAUGUACAACCAACACGUUAUCGUUUUAUCUCAUUUUAAAUGUUUACUGUAUAAUAAAAAUUGUAAUAUAGUCGUUGGGCAAAUAAAGCUCGUUUUUUCCAAUAUGCAUACAUAUACAUGCGUGUAACGAACGAACAAUGCGUGUCUUUCGUGCGUAGUACUACACAGAAACCAAAUUUAAUUUCCCUAAAAGGGCGUGAUGAAGUCCUUUCGACUAAAUUUAUCACCAUCUUGUAAAUUUUACACGAAGUCAUAACGCAUGAUUUUUACGUUCUCUCAAAAUUGUAAACGUUCCUACCAGCUUUAGUAUCAAACCAUCCAGUAUUCUUGAAAAAUAAACGCGACAUUCAAGUGAUCUUACUCUUAUUUUUUUAAACAUUCGACAAAAUGGAAGACGAAAUGAAUGUGCAAGUUGAACAAAGAACGACAUCGAUGACCGAAGAAACUUUACGCGUGAUAAUUUAUGUCUCUUGGUUUCUGGGAGUUGGUAUAGCCCGUCCGAAAAGAUUACCAAAGUUUGUUACAAUAAUCGUUCGCGUUCUUCAUUUUGGAAUCUGCACGGUAAUCGUCGCGUACGGAGCCAUUGAUUUUUUCACUUUUGGUACUAUUUUCAAGAGCGAUAUUUACAAGAUCAUGUACUAUAUGAACAAGGUCAUGUGCUAUGUCUCAUCCUAUUAUUACGUUUUCCAUGGCAUCAGCCAUUACGGGAAGUGGCCACUGCUAAUGAAUAAAAUAGAAAAAUUAAAUAAAAAGAUCAUACGAGAGGUAUCGAUGAAUGAACGAUCAAUUAAGACGGUUCAGAUCUUGGCCGUCAUAUUGACAUUUUUUUUGGGACCAGUGUCUCUAUUAAUACAUGCUCUCUAUUACUAUUUCACUUUACCAGAAGAGAUAUUCGCUUCCGACCUCCUUCUGUACUAUACCAUCGCUCAGUCUGCAAUCAACAGUUUCGUUUUCGAUACCAUCGUCUACGUGAUCUGUAAUAGAUUUAGAAAGAUCAAUAGAAUGAUUGAGCUACUAGACAACAAGUUGGUUGCUUCCUUAAUCGCAUUCAAGAUUCGUCGUAUAAGAGAAUUACACAAUGGUGUUUGCGAGUUGGUGACUCUCAUAAAUGACAUACAUGGUGUACAGCUUCUUCUUUGCUCGGCCAAUUCGUUCACGAUGGUCGUUGCAACGCUCUUUCGAAUUUACAUGAGUGUUGUUGAGCAUAAUUACACUUUCAUGCUGAUAAAUAACAUCAUUUGGAUAAUCUAUGCAGGACAAUUCGCGCUAAUGUGCUGGGUAUGUACGCUAACCAAUCGAGAAUUCAAGAAGACAGGUGUAUUAAUACACUCUAUCAUUCCAAAUCAUGAGAAAAAGGAUCGCGAUAAACCGUCGUCCAUUCUGGCGAUUUGCAACGAACACGAUUAUUCGUUACAAAUGCAUCAACAACAGCAACACGAAGAUCGUCGACGAAUUUCUCUCGACAUCGGUAGAUUCGGUUUAAACUACUUCAGCAUGGAAAAUCUGUUACGGUCAAAUAUCGAACGUGACUGUGUCAGAAAUGAAAUAAACGAUUUCUCGAAUCAACUUCAGCAACAACCAAUCUCUUUUACCGCCUGCGACUUCUUUGAAAUAAACAACGCUCUCUUGACUGGUUUCAUAGGUGUUAUUACGACUUACUUGAUAAUCCUCGUUCAAUUCUAUCAACCUGAAAACGUCCAAAUCAAAUAAAUAUCAUUAAUGAGAAUCAAUAGAACGAUAAAUAAUAUUCAAACAAUAGUAAUCCUAAUAAAAAUAAGGACGAGUCGGAUAAAUCAUCUAAUUCUUAAAAACAACAUUUAUUGAAGAUUAAAAAAAUAUUCUCAAGCAUUAUCUGAAUAAAAACAUGUACAGUGACGGUCAUAUUCA